AUGACACGCUCACAUCAUAGCAAGAAAUCUGCACUUCAACACGUGGUUGAAAUCACCAAUGACAUUGAAAAAUUGGUUUCUGUUGGGACAUUGUCAUUUUUCAAUGUGCCUCUAGAGAUUUCUGAUCUAGGAGGAUUAACAGUAGAUCAAGAUAGCAAUAAUGACACAAACAGCUGUGAUAAUCGAUUUUCCAGUUGGAAAUGGUUGGAUAUCAGCUUCUUUCUCUAUUUGUGUCUGUGUCGUGGAAUUGGUUUGAAUCCACUUAUCCAUGGAUUGCAUUUUCUUAUAAUGCAUCGAUUUGCAAUGGCUACCUUCAAUACAUACAAAGUUAAGAUAAGAAAUGGAUACAUGACAAUAUUCAAGGUACGUCUAUAUUGUGUACCGGCGGACGUAAGAGGUUUCCGCUACAUUCAUGAAUGGAGAAACAGCAAGCCUCGAGUUCAUCUCAAUGAAAAGAACUACAAGAAGUACUGGAGCACACUUCUACAGUAUCUCGAUUAUUCUGUAGCCGGAUGGCAUAUUCCCCAGUACGAAGUUGGAAUUGGACAAUUUGUCAAACAGAAUCUGAUCUUGAUAGAUAUGAAAGCCAAUGCAAGUUCAAAUGUGGACUUAACUUCCGUAGAAACUCUUAACUAUCAUAUUCAUAGAUGGACUUCCAACAACAAAUGCGAGCCAUUUCGAGCAACAUCCAAUGUUACACAUAAAAGCAAAACACUAGCAGAUCGAAUUCAAGAUAUUUACAACGGUAUAUCAUCUCCAGAUGUUAGUGUCUACCAGAAGAAAUCAGUAGAAGAAAGGGGAACUACGCCAAAUUCAAAAGAAGUACUAGUACAACUCCUCAAUAGUAGAAAUACAGGCGACCUGCAAAUUGAUGGUGUCAAAACAGAACUCUAUACAUUUCAAAUCCGUUCGAUAGCCAAGAUGUAUGAAAAGGAAGUGUUUCCGCAAAAAGCACUUUCCCCUAACUUUGUAGAGUUGAGGUCUCCUUCAAAUGGUUUUAAGUUCUACUUUCAUUUGCAAAGCUACUUUGUCCACAUUGAACCAGAAAUAUACCUGUUGCCUAGAGGAGGAAUAUUGGCAGAGAAUAUGGGUCUCGGAAAAACUCUCAUAUGUCUUAGUCUUAUUUGCUUAACGAAGAAUGACAUUUCUCAAAUUCCAAAUGAUCUAUUGAUUCAUGACCCUAUGGAAGAACCAGAAUUGCAAGAGUUAAUACUAGAUGAAAAUGACAUCUUGAGGCCGAUCAAUGCUCCACGUCCACAGCAAGUCAAAUCUUUGAGCGAACUUUGUAAACAAUGUGUGAAUCAAAACUCCUUGCCUUGGCGAUAUUAUGCUAGUGAUCUUCCUCAAUCUGUUGUUCAAGCCCUUCUAAAAGAUCCUGGUUAUUUUCAGAUACCAUUGGUUAAUAAAGAGUACGAAUCGCAAUUUUCUCAAAGACUGAGAAAACCUUCUACAAGACAGAGUCUGAAAAUCGAAGAAGGAUACAGUUUCAGGACUUUGUUCUUAUGCAAUACUACAUUGAUUAUCGUACCAGACAACUUGUUCCACCAGUGGAAUACAGAAUUGAAUAAGCACAUUCAGCCCGGGUUUCUUCUGAAGUUAUUUAUUUCAAGUCAAUUUCGCAAAGAGAUUAUCACAUCAAGAGGAACAUAUACCAAUGUUAGUCUGAAAGAUCCACGAGAUCUCAUCAAAUAUGAUUUGGUAAUUAUGACACAUUCAUAUCUUGCUAGACAGUUUGGUGAGUUGCUGCUGGAAGAAAAUCCCCUUAACAAAAUCUACUGGAAAAGAUUAAUCAUAGAUGAAGGACAUAGCAUGAAUUCUAAGUCUUCCAAGACCAGCAAUCUCUGUAAAGUAAUGCAAGCCGAACGACGUUGGGCAGUUACUGGUACGCCAACAUCAGGAUUGACCAAGUUGUAUAUGGAUGAAGAGCAGAAUGAGACAGAUUCGGCGACAGCCAGUCCAAAGAAGAAGAGUAAAUAUGUUGUGAAAUCGCUGUUCAAUGAAAAAGAGGAUUUGGUGAAACUUGGAACUAUAGUUGGAAAUUUUCUCAAGAUUGAACCUUUUCAUUCACGUCCCAAGCUAUGGACAAAAGAGGUUAUUCAACCAUUAGUGUCAAAAGUCUAUGGAUCAGACGUAAGUUUAUCUAAUCUACUCAAUGCUAUUGUCGUGAGACAUAAUUCUCAGGACAUCGAAAGUGACUUGAAACUUCCACAGUUGCACCAUGAAGCUGUCUAUAUUGAGCCAUCCUAUCAUAACAAGAUUUCCAUCAACUUAUUCACUGCUGUGCUCGCUGUGAAUGCGGUUUCUUCAGAAAGAACAGAUAUCGACUACAUGUUCCAUCCGUCUAAUAGACAACAGCUUAGACGUUUGAUAACGAAUUUGCAGAGAGCUACGUUUCACUGGACAGGAUUUCAGCAGGACGAUGUAGAAACUCUCAUUCACAUUUGUAAUGUAUCUUUAAAGAAAAGAAGGGCUAAUGGUCAGUCGGUAUAUGACAACUAUGACGUGGAAUUACUCAUGAAAUCUCUAGAAGCGGCCAAGUUUGCGUUGAGUAAUACAAGGUGGAGAACAUCUGCGUUGUUGCAUGAAAUGAAUUACUUUGUGACGGGAUUGCCAGAUGCUUUUAUCAAGUCAUUUGGAACUGGAAUGGUAGAAAGAAUAAUUGAAGGUGAACAUGAUGACAUUGGAGUAUUUGGAGCACCGCAUUUGAAUGCCAUUCAGGAGUUCUACUAUAAGAAUCGAUUCUUGGUCAUGGAAGAUGAAGAAUUGUUGAAACUGAAGCUUGAAUUUGCGUCGAAGCCGUUCUGGGCGUCUUACUGGAUAGACAGCGUUCGAAGAAAUAAUGAAAGGUUCAAAAAACAGGAUCAGAACCAAAAUUUUGAAUCUAAUGUUAAGAAUGGGGCUAUAGCGAAUGCUAUAAAUGUUCCAGAUGUUGUCAGAGACUAUACACCCGAAUAUGUAAUGGAGACAGCCAAAUUUUCAACACCUCGAAGGAAUUCUGUAUCAAAGAAAUCACAGAUCAGUCCAAAGAAUGAACUAACCGAAGAUGGUUUGAGCGGAUUGGUAAUCACCAAAGAAGUCCACUCAGGCUUUUCUAUUAGAAACGAAAAUAUCAGGGCCUCUAUCAGAGAAGCUCGGAUUUUAGGGACUGCUUCAGCUAAGUUGUCAUAUUUGGGAAGUAGACUCUUGGAGCAUCAAAGAAAUAAAAUAAAGUCGUUGAUCUUCUUUGAAUUCGAAGACAGUGCUUAUUACUUGACAGAAUUGCUUGAUGUUUUGGGAGUCAACUACAUUCUUUAUGCUACGUUUAUCAAUCCGGCCGAGAGAGCAAGAAACUUGUCUCUUUUUAGUGAAUAUAUUACAGAUGAGCAAGGUGGUAUUACUUUAAUCAUGGAUCUCCGUUUAGCAGCCCAUGGGUUAACUAUCGUAGAAGCUACACACGUCUAUUUUAUGAGUCCAGUUUGGCAAAGAUCCAUAGAAGCUCAAGCUAUCAAAAGGGCACAUAGAAUUGGGCAAACUAAAGAUGUCCAUGUUGAGACUUUGGUUCUUCGAGGAACUUUGGAAGAGGAAAUUUAUAAGAGAAGAACAAGCAAUACAGAUGACAACGAAGAAGAUGAAGGUUCAAAAAGAAAAUAUGUCAUUGACGAUACUGGAAUGCAAGAGUACAUUUUGAGACAUAGGUUCCUAGACUAUAGCAUUACGGAGACUGAAUAUGCUCCUUUUGUUUCGCCUACUACUAUGCAUACUAAUAAUGACGUCGAGGAAGAGGAUCUGGAAUUCUCACUACUCAACCAUAGAGGUCUUGUUGUUGAAACCAAUAGACAUGGUUUCCUACAUAACUGGGAUAUGUUCCUAUUCACUAAUGACAAUCUCACCAAGUUCAACAAGCUCAAGGCUGAAAAAGCACAGAAGGAACAUGUUGAAUCGCUUUACAUGGACCGAUUUGUCCAAUCAGAAACAAAACCAAUCAAAGCUACCAGAAAACGACUCACAAUAAAAAUAGACAAAGAUAUCCCUUCUAAGAAAGUUAGAUUUUAAGUUGGGGUACGAUUUAUAGAAAUAAUACAAUGUACAAUACAGCUAUAUGCAUAGCUAUAUAAUGAUGCUAUACUACUGGUGCAAUUCUCUGACUACUAUGGAGCCAUCAGUAGAAGUAGAAAGGAGUAGUCUUCCAUUUGCGCUGUAAUCUACAUCUAUGACUGUGCCUCGGUGGCCCCCGUACUUAUUGGUGAUCUUGCGAGUACUGAAAUCCCACUCUGUCACUGUCAGAUCUUCAGAGCCAGAGAAGAUAGUGAUAUCGUUGUCUGAGAAGGUUGCUCUGAUCAAUUGGUACUCGUCUCCAGAAGGAGCUCCUUCAUAGGUAAAUGGACUGAUUCUGGAAAUUCCCUCAGGGACAAAUUCUUUGGCACUAUAUGUCUUCAUUACUCCAUCCAUGGAACGCGCAAGCAAAACAGAAUCAUCACUAUUCAAUGAAAGCGAAGUGAUGGCUUCCACUUGACCCUGGCAAUUCCAUAAUUGCAGCCCGAGCUUCCUUAUAUCGUGUACACGUAUGGUCGGGUCUAUUCCAGCAAGGUAUAAGGUGUUCCCAAUCUUGUCGAAAGUAGUGGUCAAUAAAGGGUAUUCUGUAGAAACACAUCCCACAGAGUUCUUGUCACGAGGAUCCCAAAGAAAGGCACUACCGUCAUCCCCUACACUUGCACUUAAUGUCUGGGACGACAUCGCUACUUGAUUAACUACCAAUUUGUGUUCCAGACACUUGCGUAAUCUUUUUCCGGUCUCAGCAUCCCAGAAGCCAACAGUAUUGUCAGCACUAGAACUGACUAGAACUUCACCGUCUGCCAGCCAGUCCAACGACGUAACUGCAGACUUGUGUCCUCUCAAGACACCGUAGUUUGGUGAGUCGUCACUUUCGCUCGUUGGAAUAUUCCAUAGUAGUAUGAGCUUGUCUGUGCCACUGGAUGCUAUAGAAGUGCCUGACUUGUUGAACUUGCCUGAGAGUACUACCCCCAGAUGCCCUUCUAGGACGACAGCUUCGUUGUAUAGAGUAUUUCCGUUGGCAUUGCCAAUUGGUUGAGUUCGUACAAGCGACUGUGGCUCGCCUGUAUUGGCCUUAUGUCUCUUCACCAACG